CAAUUUCAAUUGUACGAUUCAAAUCCAAUUCAGCGUUCGUUCGAAGCGGUUGUGCAGGCGCUCUCGCGAACAUAUAGCCGACCGAGCCAGCCGGAGACAUAUACAUAUAUUCAGCCGAUCGCUCCGAUCCGAUAAGAGUUUCGCCGUUAAAAGCAAUUCGGUCAAGUGCGCGAUCCACAGAAACGGCCCGCAAGCCAACUAAUGCAGAACCAUUGAAGAAAGUAUCUCGUGUUCUAAAGUGUGGAACUAAGAAACUAAAAAACAAACAAACAAAAAAUAACUAAAUGAAUGCCAAAAGUUAAAUGAUUAUUUAAAAAAAAAAAAACAAAACAUUAUGUCGAUUGUGUGCACGCUGGAACAGAAAGUAAACAUUUUCAAAGCGGCUGCAACGACCAAGAAUCUUUUGAUACUCAAACACAAUACGGAUACCAGCUACCACAUCAGGCAGGAUAAUCUUAAUCCCAGCAGCAACAGUAGCAGCAACAACAACAACAACAACAACAAGACAACACAAUUUCCCGGCACUAACAACUUGCAACAUCAGCAACACCUGCAACAAAAACUAGCCCAGCUGCAGCAACUCAGCCAACAGAAACUGUCCGCCGGUGACUAUCCGUACGGACCAACAGCCCACAAAGAAGAGACACUGCUGCUGCUGGCGCCGCCGGCCAAGUUCUAUCCGGAGGCAGCGGGGCCAUCAGCAAUGCCCGAGGUGCUCAGCGCCACUCCGACCAACAGCCACAACAAAGCCAUCGCCAGCGCCUCCCUAGCCAUGAUGAGCAACGUCCGGCUCACCAACAUUUCGCCGACACUGUCGAUGAACGGCAGCUCCAACGAGGCCACCAAUUUGCAUCCUCUGUCCAUGUACGGCGGAUCUAUUAGCCCACAGUCCAAUGACAGCGGAAUGUCCGACAGCCUGGGCAAAUUUGUGCCCGGAAACGGGUAUGGAGACAGUAUGAUGGGCAAGCAGUCCUCCCAGAACGGCAAUGGACCCCAGUCGGCUCUGACUGCCGCCCAGAAGGAGCUCUUCUCGCAGCGGAAGCAGCGGGAGUUCACGCCGGACAACAAGAAGGACGAAAGCUACUGGGAUCGCCGGAGACGCAACAAUGAGGCCGCCAAACGGAGUCGCGAGAAGAGGCGCUACAACGACAUGGUGCUCGAGCAGCGGGUCAUAGAGCUCACCAAGGAGAACCACGUGCUCAAGGCCCAGCUGGACGCCAUCCGGGACAAGUUUAACAUCUCCGGCGAGAACCUGGUCAGCGUGGAGAAGAUCCUGGCCUCGCUGCCCACUAGCGAGCAGGUCUUGAGCAACACUAAGCGCGCCAAGAUAAGCGGUUCCAGCGGCGGCAGCGGAGGCUCCUCCUCGGGAUCCUCGCCAACAGGUGGCAACUCCUCGCCCGGAGCACACAGCCACAGCGGCUACCCCGUCGGACCGCCACUAUCGCCCCUGAUCUAUGGUCCCACCGGCAACACUCGCCCCGAGGUCACCGUGAAGAGUGUGCAUCAUGUCCAACAUCCCGGUGCUCCGCUGCAACCGCCCCCGAACUCACACCUGCAGACCCUGGGCGUGCCCCAGCCGCCGCCCCAGCACCUGUACCAGCAGCCUCCGCAGCCACACCAGCCGGCCCCACAGCAGCAGCAGGAGCCCGCCUCCAGCGCAGGUGCCAGCUCCCCGCCAGUCGCCGAUCCACACAACCGUCCGCCCACCAGCACCAUCGCCAAUCUGCAGGUGCAGCUCCAGCACGCCCUGAACCGGAACGUGAGACCCGAGGAUCUGGACAGCUUGCGCAAGGCAGUGGCCGCCGGCGCUCUCUACAAUGCGGCAGCAGUCGUGGGAGCUCCUCCGCCGCCGCCCCCAGCUGGACUGUAUGCGCCUGCUCCCUACAAGGAUCACCUGGAGCCGGCCGGUCCCUGGACGCACAGCGUCGAGGCUGCCGUGAGCAGCAGCGCCGUGGAUGCGGUCAGCAGCUCCUCGGUGUCCGCCAGUGCAGCCAGUGUCCUCAACUUGUCCAGGCGGGCGUGCUCGCCCAGCUACGAGCACAUGCUCGCCUCCACACCCUCCUCCACUUCGUCCUCCGCCCUGUCCUCGUCCUCAUCCUCGGGCGCCGUUUCCGGGGACGAUGAGCAGGAGCACGAACCAGCGCACCUGGCUCCUUUGCAACUCCAGAGGAGCAGUCCCCAGCAGGGCAGCGAUUCCAACAACUGCCUGCCGCUGAAGCUGCGUCACAAGUCCCAUCUGGGGGACAAGGAUGCGGCGGCCACAGCUCUGCUCUCGCUGCAGCACAUCAAGCAGGAGCCCAACUGCAAUCGGGCUUCUCCUCCAGCUUGGAACGAUGGCGGCGACAACUCUAGCGAUGAGCGCGACUCCGGAAUCUCCAUUGCCAGUGCGGAGUGGACGGCGCAGCUGCAGAGGAAGCUGCUGGCCCCCAAGGAGGCCGGCGUGGUCUCCAGUGUCCAGCGGGAUCAGAUGCUGAAGUCGCAGCUGGAGCGUCUGGAGUCCGAGGUGGCCAGCAUCAAGAUGAUCCUGGCGGAGUAGGACACCGGAGCAGGAGAGAGAGCGAAGAGACAGAGACUUUGAAGGAAUCAGAGUUGCGGGGAAAGAGUUCCAUGGCGCCAGUCGUUCUCCUGGGCACAUGCGGGAAGUCCAAGAAGAGUGUUAACUAUUAGAUAUCGAUGCAUGCCUAUUCUAUUCUCUAAACUAUCUGUGUACGUUAAUCUGUAUCCACUGUAUUGAGUCGUGUAACCACUUAGAAGCGCAUCUAUUUAUAUGUAUUUGUAUGCCCAACUAUAUAGAUCUCGUUAAACUCGGAGCUAAACAAGUCCUUAGGGUCAGAAACACAACAAUUUCGUAUCUAACCUUAUUUGUUUGCAUAGGUAUUGUGGUGACCACCGGAUCGAGAUCGGGGUCACCAUCUUAGUUAUUGUUCUCUCAUGCAUCCCCCCAAGUUUCCUUAUGCACCGCGAUAGCGAUAGUGGAGGAGGAGAUCGUGUUAAGUAUUCGCUAAUGUACAUAUUAUAUAUUACACAUUAUUAUUUAAGAUUACCGCAAAAAAUACAAUAUUCCUAUCGUGUACAUAAUUUUAGUUGCAAGCUAAGCUUAUUUUAUUUUAUAUUCUCGUGUAUUGUAGAGACAAAGCAUAUACAUUAUGAUUAAGAGUGAAGCACAUUCAAAUUAAAAUAUAUAUUAAAAAACAAAAAGAGUUAAAAUAUUAUGCAAUAAAUAAUGUAGAAUAUCUUACCUUAAUGUUUGUCGUUCUCAAUUUAUUUAUUGCCUGCUGCUUUGGUUGCCCGAGUGGGUCACAGCGCUUUAACUAAAUGUUAUCAGAGUUUAAGAAACUUGAAAUCGGAACACACAAAGUACAUUUAACCAUAGAUCCAUAAAACCAUAAAUCUAAAAUCCAUAUAGCUGGUAGUGUCGUAGAUGGUAGUCCUUGCGAGGGAUAUCCUUCACUUUAAAAGUUGUAUUAAUUUUAUGUCCCUCACGUCCCAUAAACUAUUACUAUUUAACGUAAAGUGAAGCACACAAGAAAAUACAUAUGAUUAUUACUAUCCACAUAAAUAUUUAAAUAAUGAGAAUCUAUACCAACUAAAAAUAUAUAUAUAUAUGACUCGUUUGUGUUGAUCAAUGAAAAUAAAUCUAUUUAUAAUGAAGAAAGAAA